AUGCGCUGGGUGUCCGCCUUCUUUGCCCUGGCAUUAACAGGUGCAUUGCAAGCAAAUGCACUGGAUGCUACAAUCUUCACGUUUCCUCCCAAGACAGCAAGCUCUCCAACUGCUAAUCCCAACCAACAAACAAUAUCAGAAGAUGAGGCUCGACUUGUCUUGGAGCUUCGCAUGAAGUCCUCUGUAGCAUCGGUCCUCGGAAUGGUAGAUGGAAACACUGUGAACCGCUUGAAUCAUUUUGCUCAGGAUGACCUCACUCUCUUUGGGGGAGCUACCGGGGGCAUUGCUCUCAAGAAAAGCAUCUUUAUUUUGGAAGGGAUUGACCAGGAAGUUGCCCUAGUCAUGCAACAAGCCCAACCAGACCAUCUUCAUAUUCCUCAAAUCUCCUCACCAUUUAUCGGACCUGAUCUCCUGGAAUCAUUUACCGAAAGCAGCACUACUGCGAAAGAGGACCGUGAACAAAUGUGUACAUACUACAACGAUGCUGGAAGGGCUUCAUCAUCAACAUCCCAGCUACACCAGACACCCAAGGAAUGCUUAUCCAGGGACCCCAUGUUUGCUGAUGGGUCUGAUCUGCUCGCCCGUGACUUCAUUACGCUAGUCGAUUCAGUGGAAUCCUGGACAAGCAAGGAUCACAAGGAUUCGGCUUUGAAGUUGUCCUUUAAGGAUAUGUCUGGUGAUUCUGCUCUUGGAACCAAGCUCCUAGAGACAUUGCUUCUUCACCUAGCUCAAAUAUCGUCGACCAGCCACCGCGAAAUCACGACCGUGGUUUUACCUGCUGGUGUUAAAUCAGAAGGACUCAGCCGCCGAGGUGCGAAGCAAUCAUUGGCACCAGUCAGCCAAAGAAAUGCCUUCAGGAGGUCGAUGCAGAAUUCUGCGCUGCAGUCAACCCUAGCGCCUAUCUGUCAUGCUUCAAACUCCUCGUGCGCCGAAUCUACCAAUGAUUGCUCCGGACAUGGUUCCUGCUAUCUGAAAUACGGCUCGGGUGUUGAGGGAACUACAGGCAAUUGUUAUGCAUGCCAAUGCACACAAAGUAUUGUUCGGAAUAGUGAUGGUACCAGCAAGACAGUUCAGUGGGGUGGAUCAGCUUGCCAGAAAAGAGACAUUAGCUCACCUUUCUUCCUCGUUGCAGGGGUGAGUCUGCUUGCCAUUGUUCUAGUCGCUAGUGCGAUUGGGAUGCUUUUCAGUAUGGGCUCACAGGAGCUACCCAGUGUCAUCAGCGCUGGUGUAGGUGGUCCUAAGUCUCAGAUGUGA